AUGUGGUUCUUGCUUCUGUUUGCCUUGCUGCUUGCAAGCCCCAUCUAUGGGAACCCAAACUAUGUCACAGCACCAUUCACUCUCACGGUGCCAGAUGGCAUAAGCUCUCCGGCCGACACUACAUCUACUGCGACAGCCUCUGAUGUUACAAACAACCCUCUCGGAAGCAAAUACACUUAUUUCGAGACCACCUACAAGCUGAAGACAAUUGUGAAAUGUGGCAGUUCAAGUACCACUUUGACAAUAUUAUCGACCUCUGGGAGCCAGCUCAGCCAAGCUUCAAUCGUGGAGUCCAUGACUGGAUCGCACCAAACUUCAUCCGUGGGAAUUGGAAUUUCCCGCACGACAAACGCGACUUUUUGGCCUGAUACCACUCAACAGAUGCCACCCAGUGUAGUCAUUGGUUCUUCCGCGCCUUCGGUGUCCCCAACCUCUUCUCUGUCGGCCACUGGGCGAAAUUUAUCAAGCUGCGGCCCUGUUGGAAGCUCAACUGCAUCAACAGGCUUUGAAAUCAGUGAUCAGUCUACCUAUGAACAAUCUUCGACCUCGAGCCUCAUGGACUGGGAACCUGAGCUCAUCGUGGAACUUCACCUUGACGCCCACACCUUUUAUUUCGAUGUCCAGCGUCCAGGUUUCACAGACGAGUACUCAGGUAUCAACUUCGAUGGGGGUCUUGACUUCGAUAGCUUCCUGGACGUCGGUAUCAGCUUUGUGGUCCGCCAACUUGAGCUCGUCAUGGAACCUCACGAUGAUCCCUGCACCAUCGACUUCGGACUCUACUCUCCCAGCCUCUCGAACGAGAACGAUUCCAACAGCUUCUUCAAAUUCGAAGUCCGUAUCUGUGACAAAGGCAUCCCUGACGAGUCUCUCAAGUACCUCUCUGACAGGCUCAAAAUCCAGUGA